AUGAUUCCUCACAUGCACUGGAGGAAUGAAAAACCACAAUAUGCAGAAAUAGGGGAUAGUGAUGAUCGGCAAGAUACUGAAGUUCGGAAAUAUCCCUAUUUCCCUGUUCAACGAGUUCCCGAUGGCGACCAAAUGAACAACACUUCCUCCUCCACGUUGAAUUUCCACAGCAGCAACAGCUCCUCCUCCACUUUGAAUUUUGAAAUGAGCAUUUCAGAUCUACCCAGUUCAUUGCCUAAUGGAGAGCAAGGCAGCUCUAGCUCUUUUUCGGCUGAUUUCGCAGAUUUCCCAUUGAUCCCGACGGUACAAGACAAGCCUCGCGCUCGCCCCACCUUGCGAAGAACUGGCAGCAUCAACCGGAGACGGCCAAAGUCUUCAGAUGCUACCGUUCGAAGAAGACUUAGCAAAGACUCGAUGCUUCAGAAAACUGCGAUUCUUCAAUCAAUAAAGCGAAAAGAUUCAGGCUCGGAUGAUAAGAGAUCUUUGGACUCCUCCAAAGUCCAUCAUCGCAGCGUUCACCGUGGUCGUGGUGAUAGUAUUGGAGGUGAUAAGGACAGUAAGAGUAUCGAUUCCAGUUUACAUAAGACCAAAUUGCAUCAUGGCAAUCAUUGGCAUCACCGAAGUAUGACGAGACUCUCGCCCCCAAGAAGUUUUGAGCGACAAUCACGUAGUCAGCGAUCACUGCAAGUGUCCUCAUCUCGUUCUCCAAGUGCAGAGAAACGAGAGCUGGACCGAACUAUUCGCAGUCAUAGAAGGAAAGAACGACGCUCUGACUCUGACCUGCAUUCUCUGAAAUCAACAUCGACUGAAGUUGAAGGGGUGGAUGGCUGUUCCAUCAUUCGGCCCAACUAUCGAUUCAGGAGGCAAAAGAGUUUCGAACAUAAACCACCAGCACCAUCCUCAGAGGCCAAAGUGCUACGGUCUCAAAGUCACGAAAGACUGCAAGCAAAGCUAGCCAAACAUGAACUAGCGAAACAUGAACACGAGAAACUUAAGAAACGGAUUGACGAACAAGACUGCAAAAAUUCCAUGUUCAAGAUUAGACCACCACCAAGAAUGUCAAUAUCGUCCUCUCACCACACGAAAAGGGAAAUCUCGGAUAUUUGCCACAAAACAAGCCAGCACUAUUCACAACGAUACGCGCCGAAGAGGAGCGAUAGUUCUGAAAGUUUCGCAGAUGAUAUAGAUGGGUAA